CCAUCAACCGUCCCCAAUCCUCCCAAUUGAACCCCUUUCAAGUCUUUUAGAGUGCAGUUGGAGGAGGAGUUUGCAUCAUGUCUGGGCUACGGGUACUUGUCCCCAUCAAACGGGUGAUCGACUAUGCAGUCAAACCCCGCAUCAACAAAUCCCACACCGGCGUCGAAACCGCCGGCGUCAAACACAGCAUGAACCCCUUCGAUGAGCUCUCCAUCGAAGAAGCCGUCCGCCUCCGCGAACGCGCCGCGAAAUCCCCCACCACCUCCCCCCGCAUCGCCGACAUCCUCGCCUUCACCGCCGGCCCCCCGAAGGCCGCCGACGCGCUCCGCACCGCGCUCGCCAUGGGCGCGGAUCGCGGGAUCCACGUCACCGUCGCCGACGACGCACCGCCACUGGAGCCGCUGGGCGUAGCGAAGUUGCUCGCGCAGGUGGCGCGCGAGGAGAAGGCGGACUUGGUGAUUCUCGGGAAGCAGGCGAUUGAUGGGGAUAUGGGGCAGACGGGGCAGAUGGUGGCGGGGUUGUUGGGGUGGGGGCAGGCGACACAGGCGGCACAGGAAACACUGAAGGGGAAGUUGCCGAUGGUGAUCACGACGGAUUUAAGGUUGAAUGAGCCGCGAUAUGCGAGCUUGCCGAAUAUUAUGAAGGCGAAGAAGAAGCCGGUGGUGAAGCGCUCAUUGGAGGAGAUGGGGGUAGAUGUGGAGAGGCGGUUGAAGACGGUGAGCGUGGAGGAGCCGCCGGCGAGGGAGGGAGGAGUGAAGGUGGAGAAUGUCGAUGGGAUGAUUGCAAAGUUGAAGGAAUUGGGAGCGCUAUAAUUGGUAACAUCUACAAAAUUCAUAUAGAUUGGCUAGGUAGCAUGCCAGCAGCAUGCGGGAGGAUUUUUGAAUAAUAGAGCAACAUGUAUUUUCUGCAUCUUGAGAAUCUAUCCAAGAUAUAAAAAUAAGGGCCAAUGCUUCGUAACUCCGGCUCGUCAUCGUACAAUCCCUUCCACUUCCAACACCCAAGAUGCAUCCAUCCUACCAAUCCCCCCACCCAUCGUCUCCGUCC